AUGCCACAGCUGGACGACUUGCUCGUAAUCCAACGUUUUCAGACAAAGUCAGGACGCCACUUCUCAGUGGACCAUCGUGUUGAUCGCAGCUCACCAGGCUACCGAGCAAAGUUCGAUGCUGAAUUACGACGCUCAAACCCAAUGGAAGCAAGGUGUCCAACUAAUGAUAAUCUGACUCUGUAG